AUGGGAGCGAUAGAACUUGCUCCAACUACUCAACCCGAGAGAAGAUCAAAACGAAAGAAGACCCCAGAAACUGAACGACCAAAGAAGCCGAAAGGAGUGAAACAAAAUGAGUCUACUCAAGCUGAUGACCCUACACCAGCUCCAACUCAAACUGACAUCCCUCUACCAACUUCUUCGACUCCAAAGAAAAGAAUAAUGCAGAAGAAAGUUGACGAAGAAAGUUCAGAUGAUAAUCUAGUUGCUCAGGCCGAAGCGAGAUUGAAGCAACUACUGGAAGAAGCUCAACAGCCGCUCCAAUCAGAAUCUUCGGAUGAGAAAUUAAUCCAAUCUCUUGCUCAAUAUGGACAACCAAAAAUUGUUCCAAACCACGACACAUCUGAAGAAUCAACUCUUACACAAGAACUUGCCACAGCACAGAAGAACGAUAUCUCUCUUACACAAGAACCUGCCGAGGCAAAGAAGGCCGAAAGGAUCCUCCCACAAGAGCCUACUGAAGCAGAGCAGGUCGAAAAGACGCUGACACAAGAACCUGCUGAAGUAGAGAAUGACGAAAAUUUGUCUCAACCCCCUCCUAUUGAUCACUCAAGUCUCCCACAAGAACUUGGCAUGCCAGCAGAGACGAAAGGAGUGGUUAAUGAGCAGAAUGAAAAACCACCUCCAUCACAGGAUCAUGAUCUUCAACAAGCCAUUACAAAUGAUUAUCACAGAGUGAUGAGUUGGCAACAAUGGAGAACUUCACCUCCUGACUCCUUUCUGGAAAAGUUUGACAAAAUGAGAAACGGCGAAGGAGAGAAUGAUGAUGACACAAAGAAAGAUGAUCAUGCUGAUGAUGAUGGAGAAUACAAUGAUCAAGAUGGUGAUGAUGGUGAAGGUGGUAGAAGAGCACUGAUAGUUCACUCCAAUCCCAGUCCGAAUGUUCCUGACCCGAAAGAACAGUAUCGCACAUCAUCUGUUUUGGGUUCUGUUGAAAAAGAUAAAUCUUCAGCCAAUAAUGAUGGUGAAACAACUUCGAGAUCAGCCAACGAUUGA